CCACAUUCUCGAUUUUCUGCCGGCCACAUCAUACACAAUGUCGGGCGUCAAGAAAUUCCAAGGUGGUGAGAGGACGGUGACUCCUGCCGACCAGCAGGCCAGCAAAUACUACCCGGCCGAGGACGAGUCGCAGCCACGAAAGACCCGCAAGACUCUUCGACCAUACAAGCCCCGCGAGUCGCUCAAGCCCGGUACCGUCCUCAUCCUCCUCGCUGGGCGCUUCCGUGGCAAGCGCGUCGUCCUCCUCAAAGUCCUCGAUCAGGGUGUUCUCCUCGUUACCGGACCAUUCAAGGUCAACGGGGUUCCUCUCCGCCGCGUCAACGCCCGCUAUGUGAUCGCCACCAAGACCACCAUCCCAGUUGAGGGCAUCGACUCUGCGACCAUUGACAAGGCUUCCGGCGAGAAGUACUUCGCCCGCGACAAGAAGGCCGACAAGAAGGGCAGCAAGGAGGCUUUCUUCCAGCAGGGUGAGAAGCCAGCCAAGAAGGAGGUUGCUGGUGAGCGCGCGGAGGACCAGAAGAAGGUGGACAAGGCUCUCUUGUCGGCAAUUAAGAAGGAGCCUCUGCUCCAGGGAUACCUCAGCACCAACUUCAGCUUGAGGAAGGGUGACCGGCCGCACGAGAUGGUGUUCUAGAUGCAGCAGCAGUGUGUGCGGGAGGGAUGGAACUCAUGGCAAUGGCGCAUGCGGUCCUGGCGUUGAGUUGAAAUAGUUCUUUGCGUCGCAUAGACGUGGUUGCAGCAUCAAUCAUCCUGCUGGCUGAAUGAGAAAACUUCACAA